AUGAAUAUAUUUAUUUUGUUGUCCGUUUUAAUAUUAGUUAAUAUUAACUCAAUAGCCUGUGUUGGAUCUGAGACCGAUGGUCAGACUCAAACAUCGAUAGAAGUGGAUUUGAAGAAUAUCAAGAGCGAAGACUUCGAUAUCGUUAAACUGAUAGGCCAAAUUGGCGAAGCUUACGAAAUUAAGCUGGAGAGUUACAAGCUGACGCCCAAAACGACGAAAAAGAUUAACAAGCUUACGUUUGGAAAUGUAGAUGUUUGGGACACGGAAGUGUCGACCGAGUGCUCGAACAUUACAAUCUACAGCCAGGGCAGAGUUUUCUUCGUAAUAAAGACGCCAAAGGGAGGAGUGGUGAACUAUGUUUAUCUGAUGGUGAGAAACAACUCAGCGAUGUUCAUAGGAGCACUGAACCUGCUGUAUAUGAUAAACUACGAUACGCUGAAGCUUAUCACGGGAAACCCCCAGACCCUGAAUAUCUCGAACGAAUACGACGCGCUGUACUUCGUGCACAGAUAUAAGCAAAGAGGAGACCUGAGGUAUGAGACGUACGACUUAAACCACGGCGAGGAAUUCGUGGAAGUGAAGGACGACGUGGAGACAAUAUGGAAGCUGAAAGCAGGCUACAGGUCAGCCUGCAGAAAGGUGAGAAUUUUUAAACAGAGAAUGGCAGUAUUGGACAAGGUCACGGGCAUAAGCCACAUGGAUAUGGUGACGACGUACGUGUCACUGAUAAUGGCCUACGACGGAGCAAUGCAUUUCAGGUUCGAUUUCGACACAGACAAGUGGGUGAGCAUAAGCAGCUCGGACUUCGGAAGUGGCAUAGAGCACUUCAUAACGAAUAAGAUGAACGACUUCGCCCAGGGAGAAGAAAGCAGUACUGACGUAGUGGAGCCUGAAGAGGGAGAAGGCUCUGCGGAAAACCAGGCUAAAAUCCUGAACGUGUUUAGAAGACAUAAGAGCAUGCGGUACGAAAGUUUGAACCUGGUUGCACUGAGAGUGGUCAACGUGUCCUUUAUCAGCCGAGUAAGCAUUGACAGAAUUGUGUACAACGAUAAAACGCUGCUUCAAAUAAACUCGGCGGAGUUUGAGGUCAAUCUCGUUUCAACCCAGGACGAGUGGCACUACGUGGAAGUGAUAAUAAGGUCGGACAGUGACUUGACGAAAAAUGAAGUCUACAAAGACGUGGAGUUGGUGAGGGUGACCAAGGACGUCUACACGGCCUACUUUCAAGUGUCCUACAAAGAGGAAAAGUCAUCAAACAUCUCAAGGAACAGGUUCAUUGACAUAGCCAUGAGGGAAAUACAGAACUCAGAUAGGCAUAGUCUAAUCAAAUACAAGAACGUCUAUGAGCUAGAGGGAGGCCUGGAAACAACGGACCUUAGCAAGGAGAUUAAGCUGGAAAUUGACCCAGAUUAUGGCAAAAAGAAGCCGCUGGUUGGGGCUGGUUUACCUGUUAGGAGCCCCGGUAGUAGACCGCCGGAUCCGAGUGGUGCUGGUAGUACACCUCCUCGUGAUGGUGAUGACCCCGCUACUAGACCGCCAGAUGCGAGUGGUGCUGGUAGUACACCUCCUCGUGAUGGUGAUGACCCCGCUACUAGACCGCCAGAUGCGAGUGGUGCUGGUAGUAAACCUCCUGGUGGUGGUGAUAACCCCGGUAGUAGACCGCCGGAUGCAAGUCUUCCUCAAGAUGGGAGUAAACUCCCCCCUCGUACUACUCCUGGUAGUAACCCUGGUAGUACUCCGGGUAGUAACCCUGGUAGUACUCCGGGUAGUAACCCUGAUAGUAGACCGCCAGAUCCGAGUCUUCCUCAAAAUGGGAGUAAAAUCCCUCCUGGUAAUACACCUGGUAGUAACCCUGGUGAUCCUACUAAACCGGAAGAUGUUAAACCAGACAGUAUUAAAACAGGUGGCGGUAACCCAGAUGGAGUUAAAGUCCCGCCUGUUAGUAGCUCUGGUGGCAAUGGCAUUAAACAGCCUGCUAGUAAGCCUGUCGGAACAAAUCUCCCACCUUCAACCACUGGAACAGGAACAGGCAGUGGAACCACUAAUGAAUUGGGAACAGGGACAAAACAGUCAACAGAUGGUGGAUCAAGCACAAGUGUCGAUGGUGAAAGAAGUAAGGAUAUGGAGGAGGACGAAGAAGACGAAGAUGGUGAAAAGUCAGGGUUCAUGUCAAUCACCUCGAGGCUGUCGAUACUAAUUAUCAUCACAUCAAUGAUAUUGUUGAUAGUUUGGGGAAUUGGCAUGCUUAAACUGAAUGGACACUGCGCCCCGACGGAAGAACAAAAGGAAAUCGGAAGAUCAAGACUGGUGGAAGUGGACCUGAAAAACAUAUACAAAGGAGACCUGGAAGUAUCAGUGGAUAAUUACAGAAGCGAUGUGAGGAAAAUAAGUCCAAGAAACAAAAAAGUAAUCAGCGUAGUGAAAGUGGACGAGGAUAUCAUCUGGAAAAGAAGCGGAAAUUCAAGAUGCGUUAACAUGCUGCUGUUCCUAACGUCAAAAGAUGAGAUGAUAGUGAUACUGAACACAAGGUCAGACGGACAGAAGCAGUACGUAAACAUAGUGUACAACCCAAGAGCAAGGGAAGAAGAGGAAGAAGAAGGAAUAAGCGCGGAAAAUAGAGGAAAGAGAGUAACAUAUGUUGGACUAUUGCCACUAAUAAUAAAGAUGAACGAGGAGGUAGGAGCAAUGAAAAUGUACAAAAGUGAAACGAUAGGAAUGGAGUUGAACAUAAAGGAUAAGUUCGACAAGUGGUACUACAAGUACGAAAUGAACAGUUAUAUAGCAGUGAGAAGGAAGAACAUGCCAGUGCUCAACUAUCAGAAGUACGAGCCGAACGAAAAGGAGCUCUUCGUUAAAAUAACAAACGACCAAAGAGCAAUAUGGCUAGUUAACCCGAGCAUGGAAAACAGACGCAACUUCUGCAGAAGGGUGGAAGUGUACCUGAAGGAGAGCAGGCAUAAGCUGAUGAGACUGACAAUGGUAGAAGGGACAAGAGAGUAUUUCAAGUACAGUUUCAUAACGAGCAGGUGGACCAAGAGUGACGAAAAACAGUUUGAAGAGGCAAUGGAGUACCUGGGAUUCAACGAGGUGCUUAUCAGGGGGAAGGAGAGAAGGGAAAGUGAGUUGCCAAAGGGCAGUGAGGGCGAGAGAGAGGAGUAUAAAAGAGGAGAUCAUGACAAAAUAGAAGCUGAAAUGACAAGAAGAAUGUAUGCCAAUGUUGGUAUUGGUAUUGGCUUGGCAAGUGGAGAGAGAAAAGGAUACGCACAGAGAGCAGCAGUUGGAGAAAGGGUGACUGAGGAACAAGGUGACGACGAGGGAGUGUAUGAAUCUUACGAAGGAGUAAAUGUCGGAAGUAGUAAAUGGGAAGAACAAGCAGGCGCAUCUGGUAAAUGGGAAGAACAAAUGGGCGCAUCUGGUAAAUGGGAAGAACAAAUGGGCGAGGUGGCAGAAAGAUGUAAAGAAAGGACAGGGGUUAAGGCAAAAAAAUCGGAAGAACCAGGAGGUGAGUCAGGUAGAAAGUGGAAAGCACAAACAAACGAGGAGAAUUUCUACUUCAUAAGAAGGAAAAUGUCCCUGCUGAGAAUAGUGACGAUAGUACCAAAGGGGAAAGUUAAGGUGGGAAGGCUGUACUUCAACGACUACGACUACAGAAACAUCAACUCGGCGGACUUUAAAAUCGACUUCAUAAAGUGGAAAAACACAUUCCACAUAACGGAGACGACGGUAAGGUACGGAGACAGAAACAACUACCACGCGCACUACCUGGAUAAGGAAAGAGGAGAGCACGUGUGGAAAAAGUAUACGCAAGAUGAGUUCUAUCGGAAAAUGGUGGAGGAAAUAAGCUACUUCGACGUCGACGGAGUGGUAAGGCGUCACCACUUCGGACUCUUGGACGACCUGAGUGAGAUAGCAAACGAGCCGAAUUAUAAGAGGCUAUUAAACUCAGUGUAUUUGGUAUUUGAUAAGUGA